CUUUUUUCUCAAUUUGUUUAAAAUUCUUUUUCCUCAUCUAAUCUUUCAAUUAACCAAAUAUUUUUUAUAUUAACCUCUCCCCCCUCUCUAUAAAAAUAUUUUUUUAUUCUAGCCAUGGUCUUUCAGUCGUUGAAAAAGCUCAACUACCAGUACGAGGUCACCACCGGUCUGUACAUGCUCGAGUCGUGGGAGAAGUACAUUGUCAACGGCGUUGUGUGUGCCGGCUUUGCCCUGGUCGCGUACACCACCAUCAACCACCUGCCGACCCAGAGCAUGGGGUUCCUGCAACAGAUGUCAAACUAUGCCGCCUAAAUCAAUAAACAAACAUACAUAUAUUCCUCCAUAUAAGACAGAGUCUGCCCCCCUCUACCACCUUGUGGCGCUCAAAACUCUUCAACUUUUUUUUAAAUUUUUUUCUUGUAUCUUUCUUCUCUUCAACUUUUUUUAGCUAAUCCCAAUAAUGUCUCUUAAAAAAAUCUUGUCAUAAUAACAUAUUUUAUAUCUACAACAUAAA